CUUCGGCGAAUUUUCUUCGCUGUUGCGAUAAGAUCGUCACGUGUGGCAUGAGUGACGAUUGCGAGACUGCAAUAACUGAAACAGGAUGGGGUAUCUGGCAUUACUUCAUCGUCGCUCUGUGCGGCCUACUGUCGCUUGCGGAAGCGAACACUUCUCUGACUGUUCCCGUUUUGGCACCGCUGAUAGCGUGCGAUUUAAAGCUCAACAGGGAUCAGGCCACAAUGCCUAUCGCCACUUCCAGUUUCGGAAUGGCAGCAGGUGCUUUUCUGUUUGGAACUAUAUCAGACGUUGCAGGUCGCAAAAAAUUAAUCCCGAUUACUUUGGGCAUAGUGUUUUGCGCUUCGGCUGCUCUUGCCUUCGCUCAAGCUAAUUUCUUUAUAAACCUAUCAGUAUUCAUGUUGGGACUCGGAGUGGCCGGAAAUAAUAUCGUUCUGAGAGUUUAUCUCGUCGAAUGCCUACCGAUGAGAAAGAGAGGAACUUGUUUAGCAGUAAUCGACAUGUUUUGGAUAGUCGGCUAUAUAUCAGCUUUAGGCAUUUCCUGGUCCAUGAUGCCGUCCGUCAUACGCAUGCUGGGCAAGCAAUUCCGGCCGAGUUCCUGGCGAGUACUCGCCAUUGUCUGCGGCACGCCAAGCCUGGUGAUCGCCUGCACCUCGGGUCUUCUACCGCCGAGUCCCCGACACUCGUUGCACCGUCGACGGCUGGGACAAGCGCUCACGGUGCUCGAACAGAUGUACGCCAUCAAUAAUUCGAAGCACGCCGAUACCUACCCGGUCAGAGAUUUGGAAGGCCUCGUGCGUCCAGACGACGAGGAUGAAGCUGGCAUUAUUCAAAGGUACUUCACGAAAACCUGGGAACGGAUUCACAGAGUGUACAAGCCUCCGUACAAGCGGGUGACACUGUGCGGAAUGUUAGCGUGCCUCUUGCACUUUCCUGGAUUCGCUUGGCUCGCUCUGUGGAACACGCACGUUCUCCAGGAAAUGGCAGAGGACCACGUGAACGUCGUGGGCGGGAACGGCACGUGUCGCGUCGACGUCCAGAGCAUGGCGUUGGAUUUUUUGCGAAGCUGCGACGAGGUGAACGAGGCUCGUUUCGAAAUGCUGUCGCUGAUAUCGCUGGGCUACGUGCUGGGAGAGACGUUGCUCGUCCUCGGAAUCGACGUCAUUGGCAGAAGGUCGUGCUUAAUACUUUCGGGAUUGGCGGGUAGCCUGGCCUCGCUCACGCUUAUUUUCCGAUUGCACCACACGAUACGUGUAACUCUCUCGUCGAUUUUCCUGGCCGCUUACGCUAUCGGGCGCACGACGACGUGCGUUUCGCUGCUGGAAAAUUAUCCCACCGCUCUGAGGGGCACGAUGAUGGGUCUGACGAGGAUACUUCCCCACUUGACGGCUUUCGCGCUGCAGCUCUCCCUGAGGACGACCUGCCUGCUAAGUAUAAUCGUCGCGUCGGCCAGCUUGAUGGGUGCGGCGAUCGCGAUGCUACUGGUGCCCGAUUUAACCAGAUUGCCGAUGAAGGAAUAAUUCGAACUUCUGGAAAUGCAUGAAAGGUGCGUUUUCUCUACGAGCGAAGCGGCGGCUGUUUUUCUCGAAUAAAAUUUUAUUUUGCAUGCA